GUAACACAUGUGUGAAUUUAGCUUUGGGAGGGAAAGAGAAGCACUUUGGUAGAGGAACAGUAUUUAAGUUCCAUCUUAUCCUGUGAGCUCAGCAAGCAAGUCAGCAGGAGGUUUUGUGAAAUCAUGGAGUCAAAGUGGUUUUAUCAGCUUGGCCCAGUUUACCUUUUAUUAAAUUAUUUUUUGGCUGCACUCGAGGCAUGUGAAAAUUCCCCGGGCCAGGUAUUGAACCAGAGCCACUGCAGUGACAACGCUGGAUCCUUAACCUGUCACAGGUUCCCCUGAGAAUCUGACUAGUAUCCAAGAGCUGAGUUCUGGGCAGAUUCUUGGGAGAGCCUGUGAAAAUGCAAAACCAACUCAGGGGCUCUGCUGUGGGGAACAGAGAGUCUGCAUUUCUCACAAGCUCCCAGCUGAUGUGGUGCUGCCAGUCCAUGGAUCAUACUUCGAGCAGGGCCACCCUACAAGGGACAUGUAUGUAAAAAGGACAUAUAGGUCAUGUAUGUAAAAAGGGCAUGUAGUGAAAAGCAUUCAAUAUACCCCUCUUAUUUUAGAAUGUUCUCCAUCCUUUGUUGUCAGGAAAAUGUUUGCUCACUGAGGUGCAGCUCAAAUGUAAGCUCUACCAAGACAUUGGGUUCUCACAGAGUUAAUCUCAUAAUUCCUUUAUGGUCCCACUUGUCGUUUGCCUAGUAGUUACUUGUGUGUACUUGGCACUUCCAUUUUUUUGCUUCUUCUACUUUUUUAUGUACAUACAGAAAAAGUCACUUUUGGGUGCACAGUCUGAGUUUUAAUGGUUGUAUAACUGCCACCACAAUCGAUUCAGAUUCACAAUAAUUCCUUCCCCCAAAGGAUUCCCUUGUGUUGCCUUUUGCAGUCACUUGUCCCCACAGCCCCAGCCCCUGGCAACCACUGACCUGUUUCUGUUCUAUCAUUUUGCCUUUUUCAGAAUGUUAUAUAUAUAAAUAGAAUCAUACACGCUGGAGCCUUGUGAGUCUCCUCCAUUUUGCUCUGUCUGUGGAUCUUGGAUCUUGCCUGAUUCACCUUCAUUUUUGCCUGAAUAAGUGUUUAACCCAAAGUCAGCAUUCAGACACCCAAUUCACUGCACUUGCAGUGAGUCCACUGUCCUUUCAGAAGCCUAACUCUUAAUCAAGAAACCCUAGGUGGAUGGGGAUUCUAGAGACUUCUCAGUCUUGCUGACUUUGUGGUGACUCUUCAGCUCAGGGUUUUCCUAACUUGCCUGGUCAAAAGACUCUCCUGUCUCCUGGGUGUAUAAUAAAAAUAGGAAUUUCCAGAAUUCUUUCCUGCACAGUCUGAUUUUACAGUUUCUCUUGCACAGUCUGAGUCUGAUUUUAUGGUUCUGGAAAGAAGCCUGGGGAAUCCAAACCAGUGCUUCUCAAAUUGUGUGGGAAUCACUUGAGUCACAGAUUGCUCGGUCCCAUCCCAGAGUUUCUGAUUCAGUGGGUCUGGAGUGGGGUCCAAGAAUUUCCAUUUCUAGCAAGUUUCUGGGUGACACUGAUGUUGUGCUCUGGGGACCUCACUUUGAGAGCCGCUGAUCCACAGACUGAGCUAUUAUCAUGCCUUGGGAGAUAAUACAUGUACACAUGUGCAUGUGUGAAUUCCAGCUUCAGCACAAUUGAUAGGGGGGCAAGCAUGCUAUGUGAGACUUUUUUCGGUACCAAACAUUGCACUCUGGCCAUGGCUUCAAUCCCAUUUGACCAGGGCCAAUUUCUUCUGUCCAGGGCCGAUUUCUUCCAUCCGCAUUGACUCAGAAGCAGAGACCUCUGAGAUUUGUUUGGUUUAAUCCUCUCCCCUUGGCUGGGGGACCAAGAUGAAGCCCUCUGGCUUCUGCUGAGGAUGCUAAUGGCCCAGUUGUGUGCAAAACCAGUUUCAGUCCUUUCUAGUUUUUCACACAGGCUUGAACAAUGUUGGCAUGGAAACUGUGUGUGAGGAUGUCUGUGGUCUUAGAGAAACCGAGGUGAUUAUGGUUGGAUUUGGACUCCGAGGGACAAUUCCUGGGGAUGCCGCGGAUUAGCUGUAACAGCUGUUAUCCUGCCCAUUUGAGGAGGAACUGAAGGGAGAAGAAAGGACUUGUUUAAAGGAUGGAUCUUUGCAACUCGAAGAGGGGAGACUCUUCCAUCAAGCCUGGGGAAAGUGUAUUCCUAGGAAAGGGCAGGAUGAGGGUCCCUGCUGCCCUUGCAGGCUGGGCUUGUGCCGCCCUCUGCCUGGCGUCCUGGUCGUCUGCCUUUUCCCAUGGGGCCAGCUCGGUGGCCUGUGUGGACAUGCAGCCCAAGCACACCCCAGCCCAGCCUCAGAACCCCAGGACCCACCACAUCACCAUUCUCACCGGCAGCUCUUCCUACUCACCAGGUGACACUGUUCCAGUGGCUGUGAGGAGCAGGCGGGACUUCCUGGGGUUUCUACUUCAGGCCCGAAGAGUGUCCGACCAUCAGAUAGUUGGCACUUUUGUUUUCACUCCUCCUCAUUCCAAACUGAUGACUUGUUCAGAAGAGGCUGACACGGUCACCCACUCGGACAAGUCCCGGAAGAGAAAUCUAUGGUUUCAGUGGCGGGCCCCCUCCCAGCCUGCGGGGGACAUCAGGUUCCUUUUAUCAGUAGUCCAGUCAUAUUUCCUUUACUGGGCAAGGAUUGAAUCAUCUGUUGUGUCUCAACAGACACACAAUGGAGCCCGAUCCGACGGCCACGUGGAGCUCGGCUGGCCAAUGCCAAUCCCCGGGCAGAGGCCAAAGGGCAUGGAAGGAACCGCCCCAGUGUCUCUGGACCUCCCCAUAGCUCCUGGCCUCUCCAUCACUCUUCCUCUACAGAGUGCAGAUGUCUCUGCUGUGGCCUCACGUGGAGCUGCAGAAGAGGACAGUUUAGGUCCUGUUCCUGCCAGUGUUGGGGUGACAGCGUUGCCUGGGGGUGCAGAGACUCCAUUCCAGCCAUCGUCACACACAGCUGCUGCAGUCAGCAAUGGCCUGCAACCCAGCAGAGACAGCAGCCCAACCCUGGAACCAUCCCUGGAUGUCCGUGGGCUGGAGGGGCUUGUAGCCCUCAGGGAAUUCUCACAGAGCUUUGCUUCCAGCUCAAACACUCAUCACAGGACUCAGAAUGAUCCACGCUUUGAGUCAUUGGAAACUUGCCUGCCCUCGGAUAGAGAUGAACAGGACAAGGAUAAGGCCUCUAACACGACGGUGGUGAGGCCUUCUUUGUACAACAUCCAUCUGACCCAUCCUGGUCCCUGGUCCUCUGGAGCACUCAUGGGGAGUGGGGCCAGGGCAGCCAAACCAACCUCUGUCUUCCACACCUCUGUCACCUCCAGGCCACCCACUGCCCGGGGCCGGGCAGAGGCCUCAAGGCCCUCUGCCAGCUUCUCGCCUCCUUCAGAGCACAAGGAGCCCAGGGUGGGGAAGGGAAAUGGCGAGGCUGGUGUGGGACCCCCCAGAAAGACCAACCCUGGGCUUGAGCUUGGGCAAGAUGAAGCCAGGACCCCUCCGGGCAUCCUGCUCCGGGCUCCGCAGCUGGGAAUCCUGCUUUGCCUCUCGGCCGCGCUGGGCAUGGCCAUGGCUGUUGGCCUUCGCUAUGUGCAUGCCCAAUACUGCCGCAAGCGGACGGGAGUGUCCUUUAGGGAGCCCACCCGGGAGGCGGUUGCUAGGGGUGACGACCGCGAGACCGUGCACGAGAGGAGGAUCAGGGACAACAGUUUUCUUGUGGCUGACUCAGAAUGAGUGGAUCACUCCCUCUGUGGGGGGCAAGAAAUCAGACCUCUGAGAAGGCCUCUCCGCGUCCUGCUUGGACCCCGCAGAGCGUCUCAGCCAGAACCGAGCUAAUGAGAAUAGCUGAUGAGGACAGGGACUCACCGUGUCCCUGUCAGGGAGCAGUUAGUGGAGGAAGCAGCAAAAGGACAGUUUUAUCAACAGAGGGAGUUCUUCCCUGGCUUUGUUGUCUGAACAUCUGUAAUUUAGCUGCUGCUUUUCUUUUCUCAAUUAGAUGUUCUGUUUGAAGAGUUAAACUCAACAUAAUGAAUAUUGUAUAACCUGCUCAUUAACUAGACCCCCGUGGCCGCUAAGCUUCCUCCGUUGCCUUAAGGAACCCGCAGAAAUAGAACUUCUGUCCCUCCUCAGCCUGUCAGCCUCCUCUCUUUGAAUUCUUUGAAAAAUAAAAAAGUAACGUUGG